UGCCUCACUGCCGGGCUUGGAGGGGGUUCGGUGAGGAUCUUGGGGGCUGCCAGCAGUGGGACAGGAGCCAAGCAGCUUCAUUUGUUUCGGGGGGCUCCCUCAGGAAGCCCCCCCACCUCCUACCACCACCACCACCAUGGGACUUCACCCCGAAACCGGCAAAUCCCCGCUCAACGCGCCCAAAAGUUCUGGCACCUGCUCCAGGAGGAUCUUCUGCAACAUCAAGGUGUUUGUGCUGUGCCAUGGGCUUCUCCAGCUGUCCCAGCUCCUCUACAGUGCCAACUUCAAGAGCAGCCUCACCACCAUUGAGAAGCGCUUCGGGCUCUCCAGUCUCUCUUCAGGCUUCAUCUCCAGCUUACACGAGAUCGGCAACGUGGUGCUCAUUGUCUUCGUCAGCUACUUCGGGAGCCGCGUUCACCGCCCGCGGGUCAUCGGGGCAGGGGGGCUGCUCCUGGCCCUGGGGGCCUUCCUGGUCACCCUGCCCCACUUUCUGUCGGGCCCCUAUGAGUACACCUCGCUGAGCACUGGUAACAAGAGCCAAGUCCAGGCUGAACUCUGCUAUGCAGAGAACAAGUUCAUGUGCCCAAACACCACCCAGGACCCCCAGAGGGAGGCCAGCAGCAUCUGGGCCAUGAUGGUCAUUGCCCAGCUACUGGCUGGCAUCGGGACCGUUCCCAUCCAGCCCUUUGGCAUAUCCUAUGUGGAUGACUUUGCAGAAGCAAACAAUUCCCCGCUGUACGUUGCCAUCCUCUUUGCUAUCGCUGUGUUUGGUCCUGCUUUUGGGUACCUGCUGGGAUCCGUGGUGCUGAGGCUCUUCGUGGAUAUUGGAAGAGUUGACCUCGCUGCAGUGGCCCUGACACCGCGGGACCAGCGGUGGAUCGGCGCCUGGUGGCUGGGGCUGCUGAUCUCCUCGGGCUGCUUGGUGCUCACCUCCAUUCCUUACUUCUUUUUCCCUCGCUACAUGAUGAAAGGAGAGGACCCGAACACGGAGGCUGGCAUGCUCAGCAAGAUGGAGAAGGGGGUGGCUGAAGAAACCUCCCUGCUGGAGUUUAUAAAAAGAUUCCCAAAGAUCUUCCUCAGGCUGCUCUUCAACCCCCUCUUCAUCCUCCUGGUGCUGGCUCAGUGCAGCUUCUCCUCGGUCAUUGCGGGUCUGGCCACGUUCCUCAACAAGUUCCUGGAGAAGCAGUAUGGUGUCUCCUCCUCCUAUGCCAACUUCCUCAUAGGAGCUGUGAACCUGCCAGCAGCAGCUCUGGGGAUGCUCUUGGGAGGAAUCAUCAUGAAACGCUUUGCCUUCUCCCUCCGGGCCAUCCCUCGCUUUGCUGUGGUGGUGCUUGUCUUCUCCAUCCUCAUCUGCCUGCCCAUUUUCUUCAUGGGCUGCUCCACAGGGAGGAUCCAUGGGAUCUACCCCCCCAGUACACUGAGUUCCCAGCAGCAGGUGAAGAUGCCGGGUGGGUGCCACUGCUCUGAGAACAUCUUCCACCCAGUGUGUGGGGAAAACAACGUGGAGUACAUCUCCCCCUGCUUCGCUGGCUGCACAAACAGCAGCCUGAAUUCUUCCACCCCCAAGCAAGUGAUCUACAAGAACUGUUCCCUGAUCCCUGCUGGGAACGGGCUGUCCUCUGCCAAGACAGGCUCCUGUCCCCUCAGCUGCUCCCACAUGCUCCUUCCUGCCAUAUUCCUCAUCUCCUUUGCUGCCCUGGUAGCCUGCCUGUCCCACAACCCCCUCUACAUGAUGGUUCUACGGGUGGUGAACCAGGAUGAGAAGUCAUUUGCCAUCGGAGUCCAGUUCUUACUAAUGAGGCUGCUGGCCUGGCUGCCAGCUCCAGCCAUGUUUGGUGCCCUCAUUGACUCCUCCUGCAUCCACUGGCAGAAGCAGUGCAGCCAGCGCCGCUUCUGCGCCUACUACAACAACGACUUCCUCCGCAACAGAUACCUAGGGCUGCAGGUGGGAUACAAAGUGGUGGGCACCAUCCUCCUGGCCCUCAUCAGCUGGAAGGUGAAGAGGAGCAAGGAGUACAACGUGCAGGAGAAGGCAGCAGGGCUGGUGUAGCCCACCCAAGGACUGACUCCACACACCCCCUUAACCCACUGCCAGUACUUUUGUGUCCUUUCUUUUUGGAGUUUGCUUUUCCUCCUGAGGGAGCGACUUCACCUCAGCAGCUCCCAGCUCCUCUCUUGCAGCCCAUGGCAUGAGGGAUGCUCCUGAGGGAUGCUCCCGAGGGAUGCUCCGUGCCAGCCCCAUCCUGGGACUGGCUCCUCCCAGGCUCUCCAGCUGCAUCCUGCCCCUCUCUUUGGGGAGGGGGCAGCCCCCACCAGCUGGAGCAGGAGGCAGGCAGGGGCUGGAGCCACGCACCUAGAGAAGUACCUGCUGUGAGCAGUGGUCCCUGCUCUGAUGUGACAUUUCCAGCUGGGUGAGGCCCUCCUAGCUGGGACAGGAGCAGGGGAGAUGGCUGCCAGCUUGGGGGUGCGGGGGGGUUGCCCUGUGUCCCCCCUCCCCUGCACCCCUCACAGAGGUCAGCGUGGACGCCGCACCCGUCUGGAGUGAUGAGUUGUCACUUAGGGGUUCAGUGCAGAACAUUUUGGGGAGGUUUGUUGCUCUUUUUUUAAAAAAAAAAAAGCCACAAAAUAAAGGUCACUUUUUCCAA